CCAAGGCGGGCCCGGCGGCAGCGGCAGCAUGUCCUCUCAGGAGCAGCCGCUGCUCAAGCUGGACUCUGUGCUGUCGGCCGAGCAGAUGCGCGCCCUCCUACAGGAGGCCACCGCACCGCAACAUGACAAGCUCGACUUUGACGUGCUCGGAAAUGUUGGCGGGCCAGAAGACGGAAGCCACUCUCUGGCGGCCAUGGAGGACAGCUUCCAUGACCUGGAGAACUUGGUGCUGGACCAGGGUUCGGCAUCGGGGGCCCUCUUUGCGGAGACGUCCGAGGCGGAUGUGGAGGCACUGCUCAAGGCGACCCUGGGUGCCGAGGACCUGCUCAACCCCAUCGACCUGGUUUUCCUUGACCACUGCUACUGUACGCCCCUCGUGGGACAGUUGGUCUCCGAGCCUGCAGUCACUGUCACACACAGUCAGGAAGGCCCCGUGGCUGUGCAGCCCAUUCUGAAGCAGGAAACCAGCCAUGAACACAGCUCGCCACACGAUGAGGCUGAUUGCGAUGACGCUGGUGGGGUGUCUCCGGGCUCGCCCCAGCUGCCACUUCGGCGGUCGCAGCGCCAGAUCGAGCGCAUCGACCGCGAGCGCCUGGAGCGCAUCAAGGCCGAGAACGCCGAGCAGAAGCGCCGCGAGCAGGAGGAGAUGGCGGGCCGGCACACUCCAGUGCUGGGGGCGGAGUCUCCGCAGGCCCCGCCCCCAGUGCCCACUGCCUUCAGCUCACCGCUCCUCUCGCCAACGUCAGCAGGGGCAACACCACCUCCACCACAAGUAGCAUCUCCUCUUCAGCCUCAGCCACAACAGCAGCAGCACCAUCAACCACAACAUCAACCACAACAUCAACCGCCUGGACCUCCGCCGACGUUGCCCACAACUCCCAAGGAGAAAGCAUCCCCCGUAGCAACAACCGUGCAGCCGCACUCGGCAAAGAAAGGCAAGAUUCGCAACAGCGAAUCCACCUCUUCAACAGAGGAUCUUCCAGAAUAUGGUACCCCGCCCUGUGCCAGCCCGACCCGGGCGCGCAAGAAGCGGCCCCGUGAGGAUACUGAGCAUGCUGAUGUGGCCAAGCCAAAGAAGGGCUCUGCACCCCGCAAAAGUGGGACGGACGGUGGGGCGGGGUCGAAGGGUCGCCGGGACGGUCCCGCCCUCAAGAAAGGGCAGCCUCGAAUGGAGGAGGGUUUGACCCCAACCAAGGAAGAGCAACACCAACCAGCCAGGCGGAAGAGCGACGAUGGAGAGACCAAGAAGCGAAAGCAUUCCGCCAGAGGUGAGCCCAUUUUUCACUGCAUGCAGAGGAGUUUCAGGGCCACCUGA